ACAAGUUAGUUAUCUUAUCUAGCAGUGAACUGGCCAAGUAAAGUAGUGGAUAUAUAGCCACUAUGGAGGACAAGGCGCUUCUCGCCGCCGUGUCCGUGUUCGCUCUUCUCGUCGUCCUGUCCAAGCUCAAGUCCCUGCUCGUCAUCACGAAGCCAAAGCUUAACCUGCCACCGGGGCCAUGGACGCUGCCGGUGAUUGGCAGCCUCCACCACCUCGGCACCAGCCCCAGCAUCCACCGCGCGAUGCGCAGGCUGGCGCAGAAGCACGGACCGCUCAUGACGCUCCGGCUGGGCGAGGUGCCAGCGUUGGUGGUGUCAUCGCCGGAGGCCACAAAGGAGAUCAUGAAGACGCACGACAUCAUGUUCGGCGACCGGCACAUGAACGCCACGAUCGCCACGCUCACCUUCAACGGCAACGACAUCGCGUUCGCGCCCUACGGCGAGCGGUGGCGCCACCUCCGCAAGAUCUGCGUGCUGGAGAUGCUCAGCGCCGCCCGGGUGCAGUCCUUCCGGCACAUCCGCGAGGAGGAGGUGGCACGGAUGAUGCAGAACCUUGCCGCGUCCGCCGGCUCCGGCGCCGCCGUCAACCUGACCAAGAUGAUUGCUCGGUUCAUCAACGACACCUUCGUGAGGGAGUCAGUCGGCAGCCGGAGCAAGUAUCAAGACGAGUACCUCGACGCCCUGGAUGCGGUCAUGCGCCUGACGUCAGGACUCAACGUCUCUGACCUCUUCCCGUCUUCGAGGCUCAUGCAGGUUCUUAGCACGGCACCGCGCAAGGCGCUCGCGUGCCGCAACAGGAUCCAGCACAUCCUCGAGCAGGUCAUACAGGACACAAAGGAAUCCAUGGACCACGGCAACGAGGUGGCGACCGGGAGCGAGGGCUUCGUCGGCGUCCUGCUAAGGCUCCAGAAGGAAAGCAGCAUGGCGAUCCCACUCGACGACAACACCAUCGUUGCAGUGAUGCUUGACAUGUUUUCAGCAGGCAGCGAGACCUCAUCCACCACGCUGAACUGGUGCAUGACAGAGCUGGUCCGGAACCCAGAGGCCAUGGCGAAAGCGCAGGCCGAGGUAAGGGAGGCCUUCAAGGGGAACAGCACGAUCGGUGAAGGCGACCUCAAGGAGCUCAGCUACCUAAAUCUGGUGAUCAAGGAAGCCCUCAGGCUGCACAUACCAGCUCCACUCCUGAUUCCUCGGAAGUGCCGCGAGACAUGCCAGGUCAUGGGCUACGACGUUCCCAAGGGCAUGGUCGUGUUCGUAAACAUGUGGGCGAUUUGCAGGAACCCCAAGUAUUGGGACAAUCCAGAGGAGUUCAAGCCAGAGCGGUUCGAAAACAGCAACCUGGACUACAAGGGAACAGACUAUGAGUUUCUCCCAUUUGGAGCUGGCCGUCGGAUUUGCCCGGGAAUCAAUCUAGGGGUGGGAAACAUUGAGCUUGCACUGGCGAGCUUUCUAUACCACUUUGACUGGAAGCUGCCUGACGGAAUAGAGCCCAAGGAUGUUGAUGUAUGCGAGGCUGCAGGAUUAGUCGGAAGUAAGAAAAUAAGCCUCGUCUUGCACCCUGUUACUCGCAUUCCUCCUGCUAAUGUGGACUGAUUAUAUUAUUUUUUUACAUGCACC